AUGUCCCUACCUUCACCUUCUCCUCUGCGCUCUCCGACCAAACCGCCUGGCGCUUCGGGUUCUCCUCAAGGUCCACCUAUCCGCAGAGACUAUUCGGACCCAGACGCCGGGUAUGAGUUUCUAGGUAUGCCGCACGUGAACUUCACCAGCAUAAUCAUUAACGGCUCCAAGAUGGUGGUAUCCUGCUCUUCCCGCCGCAUACUGCAGGGCCUCAGACGCCGCCUUCAAAGUCGCCCUCCAAAACGUCGCAGACCGAAGCGUAUCAGUCUUCGCCCUCGAACUCGCUCUCCAACACGUCGCAAACCGAAGCAGCGUAUCGGACACCGGAUCCUCCUUCGAGCUGUUCCUCCAACACGAACGGAACUCAGAGCACACACAGCAUCAUCACCCAUCCGCGUGUCAAUCCGAAGCCAUCAGUUCUACACAGAGCUUGUAGCAGGCAGCAUUUUACACGAUGGGUCAAGACGCAUCUACCUGGACGCUGUGAGAACUGUGCUACGUAUUGCACAACAUGGAGGCUGCGCUGUGAGGCAUGUGGCUGGUUAUGCUGUACGGUCUGCCAGAAGCUCAUAUGCCCCAAACACAACAGGGAGGGCGGUGGUGUGA